GAAAUAUGCAUUAAGUUCGCCAAUAGACUAGUUAAUUUCUUAGGUAUUUUGUAAAUGUUUGUGCAAUAAAGUUUAGCCAAAAUUCAGGCUGACAAAGCGAUUAGCUACUAAUGUAUAGUUGUUCGGUGGCAAGUGCGCGUCUCGGAUAAAAAAAUCGGUGGUCGGUGUGUAACGGUAUAAGCUAUAACGGCACACACAUGUACAUACAGAGGAUAUAUGUAUAUAUAUAUAUCUAAAGCGCAUACAUAAAAUCGAUUUGGUGGCAACAGCAACGCAAGAGGCAACGCAUUUGAAAUUGCUAAAACGCAAUGGUUGGAUUACUGAAUCCAAUGAAAUAUGGCGAUCAUUUCUAUGAAUUGUACACAAGCAAUACACGCAGAAAGUUGCAAAAUGAGCGAAAGGCUCUCACGAAGCGCAAGAGCCGCAAGGAGAAAUCGGCAGCAGCGAUGGCAGCCGCCGCCGCAGCUGCUGUGUUGGAGGGUAAUGCGGCAGGCGGCCCUGGAGCAGGCAUUGUAAACCCAUUGGAUCCGCCGUUGGUCAAGGACCAGCUGCUUUUCAUGCCAGCGUUUCCGGUGGCACACAUUGAACUCGACCCAAAUGCGUCAAAAUUUGCUGUCUUCUCAGCCAUACGCUCCACAGUGCUGGAGGCAGAGACACGCUUUGCUCUUUUCCACGAGAGCAGCGGACAUGGCGCCAUGGCUGCAGCAUCGGCGCUCAAGAAAUGGAGCGGUAACAUGGGCUCAUCGUGCUGUUUGGUCUGUGCAGGCAGCUGCAUGGUCAGUAAUCUGGUCGAUUGCUCCUGUCAUGCUCCGAUUGCGAUGGGAGUUGGUGGCGGCGUCGGUGCAGUAGGUGCUGCAGGCGUUGCAGCAGCGGCCGCCGCUGCUGCUGCUGGUGGAGCGGCGGACAAGCGCACGACAAAUAGCGCCAAUAGCGAUGCCGACUCGGACACUGAUGAGCCAGAAGAGCGCGAGCCGGUCUAUGCCACUGUUCCGCUUAUUGUAGGCGCCGGACUGCGAAGUUUGUUCGAGUUAAUUGCGGAUGCACGCCACAUCCAGCCGCUGCUGUGCACCAAAGCACUGAAAGCGCUGCUCGAUGUUAUACAGGGUCAGCAGCCGGAAUCGUUUAAGCUUGAACCCGAGGACCUGAUCAAUCCGCUGUACGAUCUGCUCUUGGAUCUAGCCACCAUGCCAGCGGCGCUCACCUCCAGCACAGGCGCCGAGGCAAACUGGUCAGCCAUGGCAUGCGCCGCUUUACUUGGCCUCUGCAUUGCCCGUGGCGACACGGGCAAAAUGCUAAAGGCCAUCGCCGCCAUGCUCAUGUCCCCACGGCAGCUCUCCGCCCAGAUUGUCCAAUUGCCCGCCGUGCUGGCCGCUCUGCAGCAUACGGUAGUGAGUGCGGCGCUUAACAAGCCAACGCGUCCAGACUUCCAUACACAUGGAGUGCCGCACAAUUCACUAAUCGAUGAGUUCGCUUUGAAGCUGCCUUUGCUGACGGUUCCACAACAGCAUAUGGCACCGGCCAUGGCCUGCGAUGGCGUCUUCGUUUAUGUGCUAUACGGAGGUGCAUUGCUGAAGAUCGGCACCGGCUUUGGCGGCUCCUACAAGGGGCACAUCUAUGCACAAAACGACGAGUUCUGUCGCGAGCGCAGCGCCUGGCUGGGCUACAGCGGUGGUCAAUUGUAUUUCCGACGCAAUUGCAAACGAAGCGCGGAUCAGCUGCAGCUGGUGGGCAUGGACACGCUGGCCGUCAAGUCAAUGAAUCCACUCAACAUGCUCUCAAUGCGCGAAGGCCUCAACUAUGUGCUCUUCACGGACGACGAUUCAUUGCAUGCCAUUUGCAGCAAUCGCGAUGACACACUGGUGGUUAAGAAACUGAAUCUGUAUCACAAUAGCUACAGCAGCGAGCCGCCGCCUUUCGAACUGCCGUUGCAAUUGGCGCGCAAGAAGUUUCGAACGCUGGGCUAUGCGGCAUUUGAGGAUGAGUUGCUCAAUCAGCAGCAGAUCCAGCGCAUACAGUCGGCGCACAACAGUUUUGAGCCGAAGUUGCCGGCGCCGUGUCGCGAUGCCGAUGUGCUAGGCAUGGCCUGCGGCAAGGAGUUUGGCAUCGUUCGCGCCAGCAAUGGACGUGUCUACUACUAUGGCAAGUCGGCAGCGCUUGGUCUGAAGUGUGUGGGUCGCACACCGACACUGAAGCUAACCGAACUGAUUGUCUCGAAGGCGGCGCACAUUGUCCAUGUGGCCGUUGGACACGAUGGGAUACAUGCGCUGCUCGUCAACGAUGAUGGGACCGUCUAUUUUGCUGGCACUGCACGGCGGGGCGAGGAUGGCGACAGCUCCAAGAAUAGACGCCAACCAAAGGCUGUUAAGCCCAAAAAGAUGAGCAAGAUCGACGGACAUGUGGUGGUGCAUGCUGCUUGCAACAAUGGCACCUCCGCCUUUGUGACCAAAACAGGCAAGCUGAUUAUGUACGGCAAAGAUACGGCGCAUUGCGAUUCGAUGGGCUUUGUCAGUGAGCUGCUCGACCAGCAUGUGACCAAAGUGGCCCUAGGCAAGGCGCACUGCGUCGCGCUAAGCGCCAAGGGGCAGGUCUUCACCUUUGGCCUGAACAACAAGGGUCAGUGCGGACGUGUCUUUAAUAAAAUGAUGCCCGUUCGGGAUGUGCCCAGCUCUUCGGCUGCUUACGCGCUGCUCGGCCUGCACGGCGACAAGUUGCGCCACAAGCUCGACUUCUCGACGCUCUGCGACUACGACGAUCACAAUUUGGUGCAGGGCCAGUGUCGCGUGUGUGUCAUGUGCCGCGAGUGCACAGGCUACAAUGUCAGCUGUGUGUCGGCGCUCAAUGUGCCGCUCGAGCAACGUUUGGCCGGCAGCAUUUGCCCCUGCGGCCAUGGCGAUGCAGGCUGUGCCAAGUGCGGCCUGUGUGCCGCCUGCGUUGCGCUGCAGGAAAGCGAGAUAGUGGCCGCAGAUGCCAAGGCGGACCUGAAGCCAUUGCCAGGCGAGCUACAGCGCCAGCAGCGCUCCAAGACGCUCAUCAUGCGGCGCAAGGAAAAGAAGCCCUCGGAGCUGGAGACUGGCGCCGCUGGCUGUGCCGGCGGUGGCGGCACACCCACCGACCUUGACAAGGACCCACCGCGUGUAGCCCCGCUGGCGCCGCAAGUGUUGCAGCUGCCCAGCGGAUCGCCAGUGGUACAAGUGGCUUGCGGCCUACACCACACCGUGGUGCUCACCCUGGCCGGCGAGGUGUUCACCUUUGGCAGCAAUCAGUAUGGCCAGCUAGGCAGUGGGGAUCUGCAGGCAGUAACGGGAGCAAUUCGUGUGCAGGUGCAGGGCGCCAUCAGUCAGGUGGCUGCUGGCAGCAAUCACACUGUGCUGCUCACACACAAAGGUGUUGUCUACACAUUCGGGAACUAUCAGAAGGGGCAGCUAGGCCGGCUGCCCGGCGACUAUGGACAGAAGACGGUGCCAAACAGUGUCAUUGCCCAGCAGCAACAGUUGCAGAUGCAGCAGCAACAGCAGCAGGAGGACGAAAUGGCCACACAGGAGGCCGCCUGCGUCUUGCCCGGUGGCUCCAAGGAGACAAUCCUUAUACCGCCCAACACAGCUGCUCUCAUCGCACAGCGUCAGAAGUUUCUGUGGAACUGUGCGCCUGGUGCCGUCUUUGGCCUGGGCCCCAGCUAUGGCAAAAAGGUUACCUGGAUCGGCGCCAAUGGCGACCAGACCUUCAUCAAGAUUGACGAAUCACUAAUCACAGCUCAAAUGCUACCCAAGAUGCACGUGGUGGCCAACAAGAAGACAAUACUACUCAUUCCCAGCAUACCGCUGUCCUUUCAUACGCUCUCCAUCAACCGCAGCGACGGCAGCUGCACGCCACACUAUCACGGCCAAACGAACUUUUCCCAGCUGCUGCAGACGCAGCAGCAACACGGGCAGCCGGAAAUCAACCGGAACGUGGACGUGGCGACGCCUUUGAUGGCUGAGCUGCCGCUGGUCAGCAGCAGCACAGCUGGCGUGCCCAUCAAUGAGCAGAUGUCGCGCAGCAUGCACGAGGCACGCAAUCAUAUAUUCGAGGAUCAGCACAUGGAGGUGGCUCAGCCAACCUCGUUGACAGCCAGCCCACGACUUCAGCGACGCAUUCGACCCCGUCCAGAGGCAGCAGCCGCCGCCGCUGCUGGCGCCUGCCCAGCUGCUGCGUCUCCCACAGAACAGCAGACGCUGCCCACGCAAUUAUCCUUUGCCAUGGAUCCCAGUUACAAUGUGCUCUGGGUCUUUGACGGCGUUGGCCGCAAGCUGCGCUGUCACAAUGUUGUCGCCAGCGAAAUAUCCGAGUCUGAUGUGAAUGCGGCCAAUUAUCGGGCGUUGCUGUCGCCGGAGUUGUCGCUGCCGUGCAAGGCGGAGGCGCGUGUGUCACGUUCGCAGGCAUCGCUGAAUCUUCUGGCCUGUUUGGAUAUACUCACAUCCGCACAAGAUAAUAUACCCGGCUGUUUUGAGCAGGCGCUGCCACAGCAGACGCAGCAGGCGGUGGAGGCGCAGAGCGGCGAGUAUCAGGUUGUGAAUCGCUUCGAUAACUUUGGUGGGGGCUGGGGCUAUUCGGGCCACAGUGUGGAGGCGGUGCGCUUCUCAGCGGAUACGGACAUUAUGAUUUGCGGCUUCGGCAUGUUUGGCGGACGUGGCGAAUACAGCUGUAAGCUGAAGCUGUACGAUCUGGGCACCGAUGGCGGUGGCUAUGAGAAGGAGGGCGUCCUCAUCAGCGAGACCAAGGAGGUGCCAUACGAGUGCGCCGCACGCAGCAAGCACCACAUUGUGCUGCCGAAGCCGGUAAGCGCAGCAGCGGGACGGUGGUAUUUGGUGUGGGCGCGCAUUGCGGGCCCCUCCUCGGACUGUGGCUCAUGUGGUCAGGCAUCUGUGACCACCGAAGAUCAGGUGGUCUUCUCCUUCAAGUCCAGCAAGAAGGCCAACAAUGGUACCGAUGUCAACUCCGGUCAAAUACCCGCAAUACUUUAUCGUCUGGUCACGCAAGAUUGUAAGCAGCCAUCGCUGCCACACGAUGCGGAUCCCGUGCAACGUAUCUCGCGGGCUUUCGCCAAUAGCGUGAGUCGCGAGUGCUUCGAGAGCUUGGUGGUGCUGCUCAGCUGGUCGUGGGACUGCUUCAAGACCCAGCUACGCGAGCAACGGGAUCGUGCAAGACCGUUGCAGUUGCAGCAAACGCUGCAGUAUCUGGGCUAUGUUAAUAAAUCCUGCCUGCGGCUGCUGCGCAAGUACACCAACGAGAUUUAUCCGCAGCGCGCAACAACAGCAGCAACAGCAACAGCAGCAACAGCGGCAGCAGCAGCCACCGCAGCAGCUGCUGCUGCUUCGGCCGCUAGCACCUCUGCUGCAGGCGGAGCCGUUGUCGCCGCUCUCUCCAAACUGCAACAAAAGCCAAACAGCAAAGACAAGUCGUCGAAUCGCUCGCUUAGCAAUGCGGGCAGCGCCCAGUUGUCCAGCUCUCAGUCCGGCACUUCGAUGACCCGCAAACCAAACCUGGAGAACAUUCAGCUAGCCGAAUGCAUUGGCAACGUUCGCGCUCUGCUCAUUGGCAUCUUUUGCGAUGACAUCUUCAAGGAUAUUGCCACCGAUGAGGGCUAUGCCUUGGUCUUGGAAAUUCUGGACGAAUGCCAUUUGAGCUUUGUGGCCUGCUUUGAUGCGUUCUAUCCGACUUCAUCGCUCAAGUGGAACUGUCUGUGCGAUUUAUUGGCCCAAAUGGAUCGUGGGGCACUGCACUCCCGCCUGCUGAGCGCAAUUCUAGCCGGGCUCUGCUCGCCCACGGUGAAGCUACGUGCCACAUUCUCGCUGCUCAAUGCGGCCGGCAAUGAGCGUCAGUCGAUUAUUAGCCCAAGCGAUAAUUCGGGUCUGCCGAUGCUAUCCUCAACGGAGGCGCAUCAGUACCCUAUACUUGUGGAGCAGAUGAUCUAUCGCACGCAGCAGGAGAAGAGCGACUUUCUGAGCAACUCGUGGACGUUCAAGGACGUGCUGGUGCGUCUGCUGGACAUAAUAGCCAAUCCGAUAAGGGCGCGAAUCGAGUCCAUCUACAGCCGCUGCCUGGGCGGCAGCUAUGCGCUAAAGGAGUGCAUCAAUCAGGGCCUCAUUGAUAACUGUUGCCAUCUGUUGGCCCGCGUUCUGGCCGAGAUUGUCUAUCAGACAGCUUUGGGCGAGUACGAUAAACUAUUUUUGCCUCCUCGCACGCUGCACUCGACCAGCUCCCGAUUCGCACGCUGCGAUUUGAGUCGCACCUGGAACACGGGCAACUUUGGGCCGGAUGCAAUUGCCUUCUCGGUGGAUCGACCGGGCAUAGCCAUAGCUGGCGCCAUGGUCUAUUCCGGUUCAGGCAGCUAUGACUAUCAGCUGGAACUACUUUAUGAUAAUACAGUGGAUCUGCAGCCACAGCACAAGUGGGAGACACUGGAGUCCAUAUCGGGCAGCUACGAUCAGGAGGCAGUGCACAAUGAUUUAGCCGAGAUUAAGUUUGAGCACCCGGUCCAUAUCAAGGAGCAUGCACGGUACGCUCUACGCCUUUGUUCCCAGGGCGCGCGUACCUGCUCCGGCGAUGCGGGCGUGCCCACGGUGCGGGGUCCCUGCGGCGCCAACUUUCAUUUCUAUGCGUGCGAUCUGAGCUUCAAUGGCACGACGCCCGCACGCGGCCAACUGCCCAGCAUACUCUACUACAGCACGCCCGUGAAGCAGCACCAACAGCACCAGCACCAGCACCUGCAGCAGCCGGAGCUGACGGGCUGCUCGUCAGAUGGUGCACAUGCCGGUGCCUUGGCCAGCAGCGAGGUAUCCACGCGGGAUACAGCCCUACAAAUCGCCGCUGACAUAACUAAAAAGUGCACAGAGCUGCUCAUACUGGCGCGCAAUGCUAUGGCCGCAUCCUGUUCGCCCACCGACAAUUCGUCGUCGAACCACACGCAGACCAUUGAUUCGGAGCACAAUAUAACGCCCAUUGAGGAGCACAUGGACAUCAAUUGGGCAAAUAAUUCGCGAACAGCAGCGCUGCCUGUUGAUCCGCAGCUGUCAACAACGGCCAGGGAUCUGGGCAAGCGUAUCGAGUCCUUCUCCAAGGGCAUCAUGGAGACGCUCAAAUUUGAUAAGCGCUCAACAAAUCCCUUCGAAAUGGAAAUCGAAAUUGGAGCCACUGAAAUUGGCGUCGAGGAGACGGCCGAAAUGAAUUUCUCCAAUGUGCAAUUGGCCGCCAAACUGAAUGGAAAUGAGCGCGCAGAAUACGAGCUGGCGGCCGAGGAGCCGUUGCCCGCACAGCAACAACAAUUACAGCAGCAACAGCAACUGCAGCAGCAGCAGCAGCAGCUGCCGCCACAACAGCUCCAACAGCAACAGCUGCCAACGCAGGUGCCGCAGCAACUGCUGCACUCGGACUCGGAGGAAGCGCAAAUUGUGGGCGGCGGUGUUGCCGCCAUGCAGUUGCUGGAGGUCUUCAAUUUGGCCGCCUCAAAUAUGUUCCAUACGCUGCUGCCACUGGUCUAUGCGCACAUCUCCAAUUUGGCCUGCAGCGAUCCAAAGAGUUCGGUGCAAAUCCUUGGGCUGAUCAAGGAGAUAUUGCCGCACAUUGCAGCGCUCAAUCAGCUGCACGUGUCCAAAGAUCAGCGCUCGGAACAACUGAGACCGGAACCAACACCCGCCAGCAGCACCACCAGCAAUCAUUAUUGCAUUGUGGAGAGCGAGCAUCCGUAUCGCAGCGCCAGCAUCAGUUGCUACCGGGUCGAGUUUCCGCCCUGCGUCCAAUGGCUAACCAUUGAAUUUGAUUCACAGUGCGGCACUGCGCAGCUAGAGGACUAUUUGCUGCUCUCGAUUCCCAUGCGUCCGACGGCGGCGGCGACGACUACCACACAGCCCUGCCAAUCCACCACAACGCCGACAACAGCCGCAGCAGCAACCGCUGGCGAGGAAUACUAUGACCUGCUCGACAAUAACGUGAGCACGCGACGCACACACAAUGCCCACUUACAGAUGACCAGCUGUUGUCGCACGACCAGCACACUGCCCGAACCAGCAGCGGAUCAGGAUUGGAUUGUCGUCAAGAAGUUCAAUACCGCCUCCAACUGGCUGCAGAACGUACUCAUUUUGCCCGGCAAUUGCGUUGAAUUUUCUUUAGAAACGGCUUCACUCUACGCCCAGGAUCCGCACAAUAAUCGCUAUGGCUUCAAGUGCCUGGUGGUUGGCUACGAUAAUCCCACAGCGAUCAAUGCUAGUAAUUCAUGUCUCAUACGAUUGGAGCAGGAGCUGUCCUAUCUGGGCGGCAUGUGCAGCGCAAAUUUAAUGAAAAAGGAUCUCAAUCUGCCGGAUGACAAGGACUUGGACGACAUGAGCGCCGUUGAGGAGACAAUCAGCACUCAUCAUGCGCUCCUCUCGAAAGGCUUUGCGCUCUCCGAACCCCAGCUGACGGUGCAUCAGGCAUUGGAGUCAUAUCUGCCCAUUGGCUCGCAGUCGAAUGAGCGACAGUUUCUUAAGGACUUUAUCAGCGGUGCCCCCGGCUCGUCGGGUGCCCGUCUGGCCGCUUGGCUGCAGCCGGAGUCUCGUCUCGAUCCCAAUAAGUGUGAGCUGAAUACAAUAACGGAACCGUUGCGGUACGGUUGGCCCACCCAGGUGACCGUCACGAUACGCGAUCAGUAUGGCGAUGCGGUCCUUGUGCCAGAGCUCAAGGUGGAGAUCAAGGCCAUACCCACCGGACCGGAUCGAAGUGGCGGAGGCAACCUCAAGAUGCGACGCACCUCGUACGCAGAUGAGGGCUCGAAUGCGGGUCAGGGUCUAGGCGCUCAGUUGGGCGGAAUGGCGCCGCCACCACGAUUGAACUAUGAAGCCACGACCAAGGAAAAGAUGUGCUUCAAGGCGAUUACCUUCAUGAAGCCCUACACGAACUACUCGUUCGAGGAGCUACGCUUUAGCAGCCCAGUACAGACGCGAACGACGGAAGCUCUGUCCGCCCAGGACAUGGAGGAUGGCACCUUCAGCGUGCACUGGACGCCGAAUUCGGUGGGCGGCUAUUGUUUGGCCGUCACCAUCGAUGGCAUACCGCUCGAGGAGGUUUAUAGGGUCGAGGUAAAGGAGGGUGUACUGCCACCGCCCACUCAAAGGAGCAGCGCGACCCGUCGGCCACAAGCGCCAAGCAAACUGCGGCGAUUUCAGGCGAGGCACAGCGCUGGUCUGCGCAUACGCUCCCAUCCCACGUUGCAGUCGGAGCAGGUGGGCAUUGUGCGGCUAGGUGGCAUCAUAUCCUUCAUUGAUGAGAUCGAAAAUGAUGACGGCAUCUGGCUGCGCCUGUCCACGGAGUCCAUACGGCAGCACUGCACCAUGGGCUGGUAUCCGACGGAGGCGUGGUGCCUGCAAUUCAAUCAACAUCUAACCCGCACACUGCUGCAGCCGGUCAACGAGGCCAAGCCCAGGUCCAAGCUGACCGCAGUUGGCGGCGAUUUGGCUGAGUCGGAUCAGCAGCAGCAGCCGCCGCUGCCCAGCAGUCCCAGUGGCAGCACAGCUGGCGAUAGCCCCAGCCCCAGUCCGGCCGAUGGCAAGUCUCCGACGGAGCGUAAAAUUUUUGAGCUGCCCGCAGCAACAGGAGCGGCCGCUGCUUCAUCAUCCUCGACCAAUCCCUUCCUGCUGCCAGCUCCCAAAGGAGCUGCUACGGAUUUGCUACUGGCCACGGAUGCAGACAGUACGCUGACGGCCAGCACUGAGCUGCUGCCUGGCAAUCUGGGCUCGGCCAUAGCGGGCGUUGUAGGCGGCGGCGCGAUCAAGUUGCAGGCGUUGCAAAAAUGGUUCAAGGGUGACGCCAUCGAGGCGCAGUCACAGCCGCAGACAGCGACGCCGCCUUUGGCUGGCGUCUCUGUGCGGGAGCUGGUGCGUGCUAUGGGCGGCCAGGAGCCAGCGCAAGCCCAGUCUCAUUCGCCGCGUGGCAAUGGCAACAGCCAGGAGAACAUUGGCUCCGGUGCUGCCGAAUCCAUGGACUUUGACAUAGCCAGCGUACGCCGCAUGAACUAUACGGCCAGUCAGACGGCGGCGCUGCUGUCCACGCCCAAGCACACGCCCAGACGGACCGCAGCUGCCUCCGCCGCUGCCGUCGCCCUGGUCAGCGAGUCAGCACAGCUGGACGAAGAGCUCAGCCUGCUCCAGAUAACCACAACAACCACAGCAGCAGGCGCCUGCGGGGCAACAGAUGCGGCUGGCUCCAGUGAGCAUCCAAGUGAGCUGCAGAUUGGUCUGAGCCUGAGCAACAAUAGCCCCACAGCUGGCAGCAGCAGCAGCGGCACGGGCACGGGCACGAGCAGCGGCUCAAAGCGCAGCCAGGCGAUGGGUCCGAUCAAGCGUGCGAUGCCGCCCUCCUUCGCGGAGAGCAUACGAGCGGUAUUUGCGGCUUUGCUCUGGCACGAAGGCGUCGUGCAUGAUGCGAUGGCUUGCGCCAGUUUUCUCAAAUUCCAUCCGGGUCUGCCGAAAGAGGGCGCCACCGUGGUGACGCGCCGCGAUACUGGGGAUCCGCGAUUGCAGUUGUCGCGGGAGCAGAAGGCGCAGCAGCGUCAUUCCGUGGAGGUAGCGAAUGCUGGUCACUAUCUAAACAUACGUCCCUCGACGCUGGAGACGCUCGCAAAGAGCGGCAACUGCUCGCUCCACAAUCGCAGCAAGCAUCGCAAGAAUAUUAUAGCUGGCGAGGAUCAGCAGCAGCAGCAGCAGCAGCAGCAGCAGCAAAAGGAAAAGCUGCACGCUCUGCCGGAACUGGUGAGCGUGUUGCCUCCAGCUCUGCGCUGUUUGGUCUACCUCUGGGAGCAAAUCUGCUCCGGCUGCGUUCACAUUGUCCAGUCGAAUGCACUCGAGCAGCGCGAGCCGCGUCUCCUGUCGCCCAGCGGACGCGACGCCAAUGGCGAUUCGGAUGCCAAAGAUGGCAGCAAGAGCAAUGGCGAGCUGGGCGCCGACAAGGACGCAGCCAAGAAGUGCAAACGGAAGAAGAAGGACGACGGCAGCUGGUGCGAAAUCUGUGAACUCUUUCUACCCAUGCCCGUCACAUAUCACAUGCGCAUCGCCCAUCCCGGUUGUGGCAAGUCGGCCAAGGGCAAGGGCUACAACUCGGUGGGCAUUUUCUGCGAGGGCUGGGCCGGCAAUUGCGGCGAGGGCGGCAAAGGCGCCUCCAGCUGGUUCCUCAUGUGCGACGCCUGCCGUGACAAAUAUCUGGCCAGCACGCGCAGUGCCAACAACAUCAACAGCGCCGCCCAGCACGCCUCCAAUUCAGCUGCCGAAAUGAAUCUGUUUGGCGUGAAGACAACCACGCUGAUAGCCAAUUCGGAGGUAUACACGACGAUGCGGGAGAAUGCAACAUUUUUGCUGGAGCUGUGCUCGUCCUCGUCGUCGUCGUCUGGCUCCUCGUCGGCUGCUUUGGCUGGCAGCCUGAAGCGCUCGUCACAGCAGCAGCAGCAGCAGCAGCAACAGUCGCAGCAGUCCAUGCCAGUGGUCGUAGAGCAUCAGCAUUUGGGCAUGGCCGAUCUGAAUCUGAGCAAUAAGCCGAGCACGAGUCGGGCGGACUCGGCGCGCAACAGUCGCAUUGGCCGGCUAAGCGGCAAGUUUACGCCCUUUCGCAAGUCGUUUGUGGGCGUGGCGCCGGCAACGCCGGACAACGUCUGGCUGGCACCGGAGAGCUUCGCGUGCUUGGAGUGCCUGGGCACGGGCCUGCACGAGGAUCUGCCCUACGAGAUGUUCGGCCUGGGCGCCAAUGCCAACGAGAACGGCUACGAUCGGCCCUUGUCGGAGAUUUCGUACGAGUCGUGCGAGCCGAACAACUAUGAACUGAUGUCUGGAUCUGUGGCCAAUCCGCCAGCCACAGUUGGCACCUUGUCCAAAUUCCAUCGCAGCUACUCCAUGGGUCAGGGCUGGGCAGCUGUGGCGCAGCAGCAGCAGCAGCAGCAGCAGCAGCAGCAGCAGCAGCAACAGCAGCAGCAACAACAGCAUCAGCAGCAACAGCAACAACAACAGCAGCAGCAGCAUCAACAGCUGCAGCUGCAGCAUCUGCAGCCAUCGGUGGUGGCUUUGCCGCUGGAUACACAGCCCAAAGUGGUGUAUCGGAGACGCAAUAACUCGACGAGCGAGGGCGAUGGCUCGCUGCUCAUUUGCUAUCCGUCGGAGCAUCUGCGGCGACUGGUGCCGCCCAAACUGCUGGCCAGCGUUGCCGUCUUGCAUGCACCCAAUGCCAAUGAGCCGAAGGCAGCGAGCGAGGAGGCAGCCAAGGAGGUAGCAUCAGUCCAGCCUGGCUCGUCGAGCCCUUUGCCGGAGCCGAACAGCGCACUGCUCAGCCGACCGGCCAUGGCGUUCAUCACUCAGAAGCACGAACUGGACCGACUGCGCGUUGCGAUGCGCCGCAGCCUGCGGAUUGCCGCGUGCCGCAUCUAUGCGCUGCAGGCGCUCAACUGGCUGCUGCGCAGCGUUACGCAGGGCGUGUGCCUGCACGACCUGAUGUGGUGGUUUGUCAGCUCCUUGGCCUUGGGCAGCGUGGAACUGGUCGAUGGCAAAUACGAGGAGGCCGAACAGGCGCUGGAGCAUCCGGUUGCCUAUACACAGAUCAGCGGACGCUUUGCCCAUCUGAUCACCCAGUCGCUGCACGUCCUGCUGCAGUCGGUGGCGGAUCUGACUCUGCACUUGCCGCUCGGCUCGCCGCUGCAGCGCGUGGCCAUUCAGUGCUUCGGCAUACGCUUUCGCCAGGCGGACCACCAGUUUCUGCACAGCUCGCACGUCUUUGGCAACAUAUCCAAGAUAUUGUCGAAGUCCGAUGAGCAGAACGAUGCCAUGGCCGUCUCCACAAUGCUCAAUGCCACGGCUGGCGAGGCGCAUUGCGAUGCCGAGCAUAACAUAGCCACGGCCAGCAAUCAGUUGGCAGCCGGCAGCGUGCCAGGCGCCAAGGUCAUCUGCUAUACGGAUCUGUCCGGCAUGUUCGAGGUGACGGUCUCUUCGCGUCCAGCCAUGGCUGAGUCCCUCACUGACAACUCAACGGAAACGUUCUGGGAGAGCGACGAGGAGGACCGCAACAAGUGCAAGAUCAUUGAGCUCUCCAUGAACAAGCUCAGCUAUGCCUGCAAAUUUGUGCUCGUCCACAUCGACAAUAGCCGCGACAUUCAGAACAAAGUGCUGAAUGUCGUGUUUUAUGCGGGUCAGUCGCUGGGCGAUACGAAUCUGAUUAAGUCCGUGGAUGUGGACCAGAAGGCGUGCGUGUGGAUCGCAGCGAAGAUCACCGACGAGAGCUCCACGCACUUUCGACUGGAGCUGCACGGGCCGGAGAAUACGUUGCGUGUGCGCCAAAUUAAGCUGCUCGGCCUGCCCAGCUGCCAGCAGGGCGCAGCAAGUGGCGCAGGAGCAGCUGCUGGCCCAGCCGAGGAGCUGUCGCAGGCGCCGUUGCCACUGCCCCUGGUCGAGCAGCGGUCAAAUCUGCGCUUGUCGCACGCCUCACGCAUUCAGCAACAGAUCUGCGAGUUCGAGACUCUGCGCGUGUUCCGCCUGAUCACCGGGCAGGUGUUCGGCAAGCUGAUCAGCAAUGUGAGCGAUGCGGUUAAUCCAACGGGCGCAGCUUCACAGGAUGCGGCCAACUCGAUGCUAGCCGAUUCUCUGGAUCUGCGCGAGCACAUGGUCGGCAUUCUGUUCUCGCGCAGCAAGCUCUCGCAUCUGCAGAAGCAGGUGAUUGUGCACAUCGUGCAUGCCAUACGCAAGGAGGCGCAGCGCGCCAAAGAGGACUGGGAGCUGGCCAACCUGGCGCAUGUGCUCAAGCAGCAGCAGCUGCAGCAGCAACAGCAAUCGCCGCCAGCAGCCGGACCAGGAGCUGGAGCAGUCACUUCUGCCGCGCCCACUUCCUCCAGCGAGAGCAGCUCGGAGCGCAGUCGAGCACCGGACACCUACUGCUUCGAGAUGCUGAGCAUGGUGCUGGCGCUGUCGGGCAGCGUGGUGGGUCGCUCCUAUCUGUCGCAGCAGCACGGCCUGUUGCGCGAUCUCCUGGGCCUGCUGCACACCGGCAGCGAUCGCGUGCAGCGCCAGGUAACGGCGUUGUUACGGCGCAUUCUGCCAGAAAUUACGCCGGAGAGCUUCGCCGAGCUGCUGGGCGUGCAGCGUCUGCCGCCGGCCGACUAUAACAUUGCCCAUCAGAGUGCCAGUGACUUUGAUAUGAGUCGACUCGGACUGCUGGACAUCUUUCUGGCGGUCAUUGCCAAAUCGCUGCAGCUGCAGGUCAAGGUGAAGACCAACACGGCGAAUGCAACGAUUGGCGGUGGCUCAGCAAGUGGUCCCAAGACCGGACAGCAGGAGAAGACGCCGGCAUUUGUGCGGCUGUGCAGCUCCCUGGACCUGUCCGUGCAGCUGUUGCGCUCGCGCCCAAACACGGCCGAGCAGCAGCUGUCAGCGAUCACAGCCAACAACAGCGAUCCCUUCCGCUUCGACACAGCGCCAGCAAAGAAGGAGUCGAAACGCAACUUGAACCAACGCUGGUUCCUCAACGGCCUCAUCUCCACCAAGCAGGCGGAGAGCAUCAUCGGACUCAUACGCGAUCUGGCGAGCGGCAAGCUGAGCGAGAAAUGGUCGCAGAUCACCAAGGCGGCCAUUGCCGAGUCUGUGCUCAAUUUGACGCGGCUCGAGGAGGUCUAUCGCACACCGGAGCACUGCACAAAGACAGCGACGCUGUGGCUGGCUCUGGCCAGCCUCUGUGUGCUGGAGCGCGAUCAUGUGGAGAAACUGUCGUCCGGACAAUGGUCCAAGCUGUGCGACACUCGGCCCAUGUGCACCAAUCACGAUGAUGGCGAGACGGCGGCCAUCAUCCAGUGCGAGACUUGCGGCUCGCUUUGCGGCGACUGCGAUCGCUUUUUGCAUCUCAAUCGCAAGACGCGCACACACAAGCGAACGGUGUGCAAGGAGGAGGAGGAGGCCAUACGCGUCGAGCUGCACGAGUCCUGCGGACGCACCAAGCUUUUCUGGCUGCUCGCCUUGGCCGACUCCAAGACGCUGAAGGCGAUGGUGGAGUUCCGCGAUGGCAGUCACACAAUCAUAUCCGGUCCCCAGGAGGCGGUGGGUCGAUGUCGCUUUUGCGGGCUAACCAGCAACUCGGGACUGCUGGAGAUUGGUAACGUGUGCGCGGAUGCCCAGUGCCAGGAGUACGCCUCCAACUCCUGUCUUAAGACCAAGCCGUGCGGCCAUGCCUGCGGCGGUGUGGCAGGUGAACGCAAAUGCCUGCCAUGCCUGCAACAUGUGUGUCACGCCCGCGAAAAUGAGCUGGCCGAGGAGCUGCGCGAUCCGAAGCUCACGCAGGAUGCCGACGACAUGUGCAUGAUCUGUUUCGUGGAGGCGCUCUCCUGCGCCCCCUCCAUACACCUGGAGUGCGGUCAUGUGUUCCACUUUCACUGCUGCAAGGCCGUGCUGGAGAAGCGCUGGAGUGGACCGCGCAUUACCUUCGGCUUCUCGCUGUGCCCCAUCUGCAAGGCGGACAUACAGCAUCCACUGCUCGUGGACAUACUGGAACCAAUCAACGGGCUUAAGCAGGAUGUCAAGCGCAAGGCUCUCAUGCGCAUCAAGUACGAGGGCGUGGUUAAGGAUACGGACAACAAGGAUGUAACGCAGCUGGCAAUGGAUCGGUAUGCGUAUUACGUUUGCUUCAAAUGCCAGAAGGCCUAUUAUGGCGGCGAGGCGCGUUGCGAUGCGGAAAUUGGGGAGAAGUUCGAUCCCGAGGAGCUCGUCUGCGGCGGCUGCUCGGAUGUGGCCAGGGCGCAGAUGUGCCCCAAGCAUGGCACCGACUUUCUGGAGUACAAGUGCCGCUACUGCUGCUCGGUGGCGGUGUUCUUUUGCUUUGGCACCACCCACUUUUGCGACACGUGCCACGACGAUUUCCAGCGGCUGACGAACAUACCAAAGAUCAAGUUGCCCCAGUGCCCGGCCGGGCCGAAGGCCAAGCAGCUUCUGGGCGACGAGUGUCCGUUGCAUGUGAUGCAUCCGCCCACCGGGGAGGAGUUCGCACUUGGCUGCGGUGUCUGCCGCAAUGCGCAAACGUUUUAGCAACUGCGCGGCCGAAGGCUACGAUUGCAACUGGUGCGUCAGGAUCUGUCGCCAGACGACGACCAGCAGGAAGCUGAGCAGACGGAGCAGGAGCAUGAAGAUGAGGAGCAGCAGCGCCAGGCGAAGGACUCUUAGACAACAUUUGCAUAUAUAGAGAAAGAGAGGAAUA